AUGUGGGUUAAGCCGAACGGCCUCUUCACUGACAACAAGCUUCAGCGCCGCGUUUUUUUGCAGCAGGAAUUUUUUGACUGUCACCAGGAUGAACAGUCCAUUGAUGACUACUGCCGCCGCCUGAAGACGUUGGCGGAUGAGCUCCGCGACAUUGGCACCAAGGUUGAUGACGACCUCCUCCUCAGCACACUCAUCGCCGGACUCAACGAGGACUUCGGCAACGCCGCCUCUAACCUCACCAUGAUGCCGGAGCCCUCCUUCCCCAAGUUCGUGGCGUACUUGCGGUUGGAGGAGCGCCGGAUGAAGGGGGUCAAGAAGCGUGUGCAGCAUCACGCCCUCGCCGCCGGCACCUCCCGUGGCGCCCCACCACCGGCCGCCCCACCCGCGCCGCGCCAGCAGCCGCCGGCCCUCGCGCCUCCGGGGUACUUCCCCCUGCCGCCCGCGCCUCCCUCCCCUCCCGCUGCCCCCUAG